CGGCGUCACCUGCCGGCAACUCCAAACACGGCUCUCUUGGAAUCACAAUCAUUGCUCCAAUGGAUUUAAUGAAUAAAGAGCUAUUGGUGUUGACGAAAGAUAUAAGAUCGAAGCCAGUAGUCACAUUUAGACAAGAUUCAAAGUUGGCAACGGCGAUUGAUAAGCUUUUUUGUGGUGAUCAACAUGGGAAUGUUAAUGAAUUUGUUAAAGGGCAGUUAAAGUUACCUGAUAGGAAAUUGGAGUUCAGUGAAGUUCAGCAACUUUUGAAGCAAUCAUCGAAAGAAUUUCCAGAAAAAUCGUCAGAUGUCUCGUUAAAAAGGAACGAAGCUAGGAAAUCCCUCAUAAGAAAAAUAGAAGUAAUUCUUAACGAUGUCAACAAAAGUGCAGGUGCUGGUAAAAUUCCCAAGAUGGUAAUAAGAAAUCAGAGACUGUGGAGUAAUUGUAUAUACGAUUUAGAUCGAGUAACAUUAAAAUCUUUUAAUGAUGCUAAAAAAUCGACACUUAUAUAUUCAAGUAAAGAAGACAAAACUAGAUUCAAUAUAAUUAUUUUUGUCUUAACAAAAGUACACGAACUGUUAUUAAAAAACCUGAUUGUAACAAGAAGGGAGCUGUUCUAUCAGAACGUGAUGAGAUUCCGUAACCAAACUAAUUUAGAUAUAGCAGUUAGAGAUGUAUGUUGUUUAUUGGAAACACCACCUUGGAGUCUUGGUAUUGUUGCUACAGCUAAGGGUUUAAUCGCGGGCCCCCUUACAAUGUGCAAUAGAGACGGAACUAUAGUUGACUGUACUACUUUAGGGGGAACGUUAAUACCUCAAGACGUAGAAGGCAUUAAGGAAUUUAAAUCAUCUGCGAAAUAUAUUUUGGUUGUUGAAAAAGACGCAAUAUUUCAGAAGUUACUGGAUGAAGGAGCUCUCGUUAGAUUAGGCCCAGUUAUUAUAAUUACGGGUAAAGGUUAUCCAGAUGUAUGUACCCGCCAAUUGCUGUGCCGCUUGUGUAACGAAUUACAUCUGAAGGCACUAGCACUGGUAGAUGCUGAUCCACACGGAUACGAAAUAUUUCUUACUUAUAAGUAUGGAUCCUUGGCUCAGUCUCACUUAUCAUCGUCCCUUGCCUGUACCUCUCUAAUGUUGCUGGGGGCUUGCAUCCAAGACGUGAUGACUUUAGGUUCGAAUGAAGCGAGGCUGAAACUCACUGACCUUGAUAGAAGAAAACUUACAGCUUAUAAAAGACCUUAUUUGGAGACAAAUACUGGUUCUCGUUUAAAACAAGAACUAAGUACAAUGUUGUCGAGUGGCGUUAAAGCGGAAAUCGAAGCGCUUGCGCCGACUGCUGCAGCGUUGUGUGAUGCUUAUUUACCCUCUAAAAUUAUUCAGGGCGACUAUUUAGGGUGA